ACCAGUGUUCAGCGACUUUACCGCUCAGCUGCUGGUGGGCUGAAACUAAGAUGUUUAAAAAUGGAUCAGAAGAAUUUCAGCGAUGUUGAGAUGGUGUGGCAACCAACCGAAGAUUCCGCAGCUGAAAUGAAAGCGUUUAAAAAAUUGAUAGAAUCUAAAUAUAAUGUUAAAUUAAGAGACUUCUGGGAUUUGCACAAGUGGUCAGUUGAACAUCUACCAGAAUUUUAUGCCGAAUUAUGGAACAUUGCAGGGAUAAUUUAUUCAAAGAAUUUUGAACAAGUGAUUGACCUGAAUAUUCCCAUGGAAGAUUCUCCUCUUUGGUUCGAAGGCGCAAGACUCAAUUUAGCUGAGAACUUAUUAAAAUUUAGAGAUGAUCACGUGGCUUUGAUCUCGGCAGGUGAGGACAGCGAAACCAAAAGAACCACUUACGCUGAAAUGUAUGAAGAAGCCACCUUGUAUGGUGCUGCUUUCCAAAAAUUCGGAUUGAAAAAAGGAGACAUCGUUGCUUGUUAUUUGUCCAACAGAAGAGAAGCCGUUUUCGCCAUGCUUGGUGCUGUGAGCAUUGGAGCUAUUUUUACAGGAGCGUUACCGCAAUUAGGAGCCGAGGCAGUCAUCAACCGACUCAAACAAGUAAAACCUAAGAUCCUUUUCACGAUAGACAGGUUCAAGUAUGAUAACAUGGAAAUUGAAAUGCUGACAAAGGUGAAGAAGAUUGCAGAUGGGAUAUCUUGUCUUCAGAAAGUCGUUAUAGUGCCUUCGAAGGAGGACUCUAAAUUCAACGAUAUAAGCAAAAUUCAAAAGAGCUGUUUCUUAGAAGAGUUCCUGGAAAUGGCUAAAGAGCCCGAUGGCACUGUUCCGCCUUUAAUAUUUGAGCAAGUCUCGUUCUCACAUCCUGUAUACAUCAGUUACACAUCCGGUACCUCCGGAUUACCGAAGCCUUUAAUCAGCUGUUUCGGGGUUCUUUUGACCACUGCAAGGGACUUUGGAACAUAUGGGAAACCUAAUAGAGAAGUCGUUUGGCUCUCUAUUUCACCAGUAGGCUGGGCUUCCUGGAAUAUGUACACGAAUAUGCUGUUCAUAGGUUGUACUCUUGUCCUAUUCGAAGGUCACCCUUAUUUCCUCAGCCCAACUUUUCUAUGGGACAUGAUAGAUGAACUGAAAAUUUCUCACCUUUUUCUGACACCCAGUAUUCUGGACGAUUUGGAAAAGAAAGGGUAUAUACCAACGGAGAAGCAUAGUUUAAAUUCACUUCAAGUUUUUACGAGUAGUGGAGCAGUCGUAAGACCUCAAAACAUUGAUUUCUGUAGAAAAUUAAAAAAGGGUUUACGUAUUUUUGCUAUGUAUGGUUGUGCCGAGGUAAUGGGGCCCAGCAUGUGGCAUGACCCUUCUUUACCUAUUUACAAAUGCGAAGUUCCAGCUGCAUCAUUAGGUAUUGAUAUACAAUGUUUGGACGAGAAAGGUAAAUCUGUAAUAGGUGAGCCCGGAGAAAUUGUGAUAGUGAAACCUGUACCUUUCUUGGCUUUGGGCUUAUGGGGUGACGAAGAUCGUUCUGUGUUUAAAGAAAAGUAUUUUUCAAAGUUUCCAGGAGUGUUCGCAGUGGGAGACACAGGUAUUAUAAAUCCUAUAACGAAGGGCUUCAUUAUCUGCGGAAGAAGUGAUGCCACUUUGAAAGCAAGAGGAUGCCGUUUUGGAAGUUCUGAAAUUUACAAUGUUGUAAACAAAUUUCCCGAGGUCUAUGACAGCCUUUGUGUUUCCCAGUUCAGCAAGAGUUUAGUUGAAAGGGCUGUGCUUUUUGUAAAGAUGGAAGACGGUUAUUCAUUCAGUGACGAAAUAGUCAACAAAAUUCGGGUUGCAAUUGGGAACGAGUUGACGGUUCGCCACAUUCCUGAAGUUAUUUUAGAAACGAAGGAUAUACCUUGCAAUAUAAAUGGAAAGAAAGUUGAAAUUAUUGUGAAGAAAAUUAUCAACAAUAUGCCUUAUAAUCCAGAAAGUGUCAUCAAUCCACAGUGCUUGCAAAGCUUUUGUAAUAUUCCAGAAUUGCAAGGAUUUGAUGAGUAAAUAUCGCAUUAAUUGGAAACUCAGCGAAUAGAUAAAAAAUAAAGAAAGAAGAUGUAAUAUUUAUUUUUGCUAUUUAUUUUAUUAAUUUAUAUGAAAUAUGGAAAUUUACGUAUUUAUGAACUUUCUUUGUAUAACAUGAAGUCUGAUCUCUGAAUGUAGUCUGGAGUUGCGAAUUAAAAGCAUCAUGUUUGGAAACAGAAAUAGGUAUCUUUAUUCAUUAGACAUGCAGAAAUCGAAAGAAUCACAUUCAAGCCUUAGAAAGAAGCAUACAAUUAUAAUUUAAUGUUAUGUUAUAAAAAUAUGGUUUUUAAUUCUAAAUUUUAAUAUUCUAAUAUACUCUAAUAUUUUAUUAUUUGUUACUGCUGUUCGCGCCUUAUGUAAAUUUUGAUUUUGUUCUCUGAAAGAGGGCGCCUGCGAGCGCCGAACUACCUGUAUAUCUAUUGUACGAACUUAUUCUUCACACUGUCUAAUAAACGCAAUAACGAA